AUGCCGGAGAAACCUACGGAAACCCCAAACCCUGAAGCACCGUUCGCUUACGCUUCUCAAGAUGGUUUGAGCCCAGCUCUCUUGGGAUCUGUUGGGGUCUUGCUUUUAGCUGUUCUGUUCAUAAUAUAUCGUCUGUUGAAACUACAAUGGGAUGAACAAGCUGCUAAGAGGCGAACAGCCGCAAUUAUUGCGGCCACAGAAGGCGAAGACAGGCCUCGAAGAGAAGCUGAAAUGGCUGGGGGUAGAAGACGUGGAGGUCCACGAAGAAGAGUCAACCAUGAAGAAGACUUCUUUGAUCAGCUCAUAGCCGAACAACAGGGAGGUGAUGACGAUGAAGACGAUGAUGAAGAUUUCGACUAUCGUGUAUCCGAAACAGGAGAGAAGAUUGGUAAGCGUAAGGCUAUGAAGCUGCAGGCUAAAGCGGAGAAGAAAGCUCACCGAGAGCAGGAGCUCAGAGAUCGAGAAGAACAGAAGAUACGAGAUGCCGAAAAAGAAAAACGAAGAGAAGAUGAAAGAGAAAAAGAGCGUUUAGAAGAAGAAGCAGAAGAGGAGAGAAAGCGGAAAGAGAAGGAAGAGAAAGAGAAGAGAGAACACGAAGAAUACUUAGCAAUGAAAGCAUCGUUCGCAGUUGAAGAGGAAGGCUUUGAUAUAAUGGAAGGUGAAGAAGCCGAAAACUUGUUGAAGGAGUUUGUUGAUUACGUAAAGAAAAGCAAAGUUGUUAACAUGGAUGAGCUCGCAGCUCAUUUCGAUUUGAAAUCUGACCAAGCCGUUAACAGGCUCCAAUUCUUUUUGGAAAACGGACAGUUACAAGGUGUUGUCGACGACAGAGGAAAGUUCAUUUACAUAACUAAUGAGGAGCUAGAUGCCGUGGCAAAGUUCAUAAAUCAACGAGGUAGAUUUUCAAUACACGAACUAGCAGAGUAUAGCAACAAGUUAGUCAACUUGGAAGGAGAGGAGGAUUAA